AGACCACCUGGAACAGCAAGUUGCUCCUUUGACUGUUGUUAUAGACUAAAGCUACAACUUGAAAGGCUACACCUUUCUCUUGUUCCUUUUUAGGGCUCAAAUCCUGAGUCUUUUUUUUUUUUUUUUUUUUUGGUUCUUUUUUUCCGGAGCUGGGGACCGAACCCAGGGCCUUGCCCUUCCUAGGCAAGCGCUCUACCACUGAGCUAAAUCCCCAACCCAAAUCCUGAGUCUUGCACAGACCAGGACCCCGCCAUACCACUUGGCUACGUUCCCCGGGGGCCCUGAAGAUUUUAAUUGGCUUUAGUUUUUGUUCUGAGGUCAGGCAACAGUUCAUCCCACACAUCAGGACCGGGCUUUCCUGAGCCAGGUGCAGGAGGUGCGUACAGGACAGGAGAAAGGCAUCAAAACCAAGCAAACAUGACACUAGGCCAGCAGUGCUACACAGGACAUUUCAAAGUCACUUUCCUUCCCAAGUGGGGACAGACAUUAGAAAACCAACUGACAGGCAUCAGACUAUCUUGGAAACUGUUAAAGGUAAAAGAACCUUCUGUGCUAGCCGGAGCAGCCUGCUGAGUGACGUGGCUCUAUACACCCUACUUUUGUCUGCCUGUCUGUCUGCCUGCCUGUCUGUCUGUCUGUCUGUCUGUCUGUCUGUCUGGGGUGGUGUUUUGUUUGAGACCUGUUACAUAGGGUAAAACCCUGGCUAUCCUGGAAUUUACUAUUUAGACUGGAUCUGCCUGCUUCUGCAUCCCAGGUGCUGGAUUAAGGGUGUGGGCCACUACACCCAGCUUCUCCCAGUUUUCAUUUAUGCAUGGACCAUACAUUUGAGAGUAUCCAUUCUUGGGGUUGGGGAUUUGGGUCAGUGGUAGAGCGCGCUUGCCUAGCAACUGCAAGGCCCUGGGUUCGGUCCCCAGCUCCGAAAAAAAAAGAAAAAAAGAAAACGAAAAAAAAGAGAGUAUCCAUUCUUUUAUCUUUUGAGAUAAGGUUACAGUGGGUGUGGUGGCUUGGAGUUUUCAUUCCAGCACUCUAGAGCCAGAGCAGGUCUACAGAGAGAUCCAGGACAGUCCCAAAGAGAGACCCUAUCUCAAAAGAAGGAAUUAUCAUGUAGCUGAGGGUGACCUUGGACUUUUGUUGCCUUUUUUUUUUUAAGAUUUUUAUUUCAUGUUUGAGUGUUUGCCUGUAUGUGUACAUAUGUACUAUGUGGGUGCCUGAAGGCCAGAAGAGGGUGUCAGAUCCCUGGGAGCUAGAGUUCCAGUGGGUUCUGAGAACCAAAUCCAGGUCCUCAACUAGAGCAGCCAGUGUUCUUAACCACUGGACCAUCCCACCAGCACUUCCCCCCCCUCCCCCCACGACUCACUCCUCCCCUGCUUGAGACAGGUUCUUACAAUGUAGGAAUGUGCUGUACAGAACAGGCUGCCUCAGACUCAGACCAGACUGCCUCUCCCUUCUGGGCACUGAGAUUAAAAGCCUAGGCACCGUGUCCCAUUUGGCCUUGGACUUUUGAUACUCCUGCUUCAGCCUCCAGUGUGCUAGGCUGACAGCCCUCGUGCGCCACCAGAUCUGGCUUCCAUUUUGACUUUUAGCCUGGUCUCUCGCCCCUCAGGCCAGAGGCUUCAUACAAAACAAUAGUCCUCAGGUCAAUAAGAAAGCAAAGCAAGCAGGCCCUCUGUGGUUCCCUUCAGUAAUAUGUUUUGAACGUUUCCUGCUCACAUAGGUGUAUAAGGAGAUAGAUCUCUUGGACAAACAUCAUGUGAAGAAUGUUGUUUCCAGUUAAAGGAGGAAGUCUGGGCUGUAGGGACAGUACAGUGUCAGUAAAAACACAAGGCUGGCUCAAAUGUGCCAUCACAGUGGGGGUGGGGGUGGCUGUUCCAUACUGUCGGUUGGCUUGAACUUUAGACCUGUCACCUGCUCUUACAAACGGAAGGUGGGAGGCAGCAUGGCCUCACAGGCAGCUUGGGUCUCAGAGAAAGUGUGAAAGGGUGGCUGAUGGGACCUUGGUCUUGGCCUUGUCUGAUGAGACUGAAACCUGUCCUAGGCUGUAAUCAGCUAAGGCUGAUGGAGUCGGGGGGCCUGCAGGAGUCAAAGUAGGGACAUGCCUGUGGUAAAGCCACCCAGGGGUCAGCUGAGGUAGAAGGAUCUGUCUGUGAAGGGACAGCUGAGAUAAAGGUCUCCGGACAGAACUGUCCUCUGGGACUUUCCAAGGUGGAUCCUGGAUGGAUCAGGCCUCUGCUGGAGUUCCUGGACAAAGUCUGAUUGCCCACCCACCAAAAAAUGUAUGAGAGGUGGUGGGAAGUUAAUGAGAAUACAUAUGGGCUAGCACCCUGGGAAGUCUAGGUGAGCCUUGUCCCUCAGACUCCACAAUCAGCAGCUCAGAUACACUAAAGGGCUUUUAUGGGGAGAGUGACAGGCUAGACACUUAAGUAGGACCCGUCAUUGAACUUGCCCUCCGGGUCUGUAGUUCCUCAGACCUUGCUUCUCUUAGGGAUACAUACUCGUGAUAGUGGCUGCACAAGACUCACAAGGAAGGCGCUGCAAGUUCAGAUCCAACCAUAAGUUUCCAGACGUCUUAGAGUCCAUAAACGUAAGGAUUUGGCAGACGAGAAUCAAGUCAGUUUUUUGCUUUUAGAUUUUUUUGGGGGGAAGACCGAGGCCUGAAUUUAGGAAUGUCAAAUACAUCAGCAAGGGGGCGGGCACUGGAACACCAGCUGGGCCAUGCAAGGAUUGAGGGGGAAUAAGGUGUGCAGGGCUCCGCUGCACCAACACCCGACCAGGGGAAAUGGCUAAUAGAUGCUCGACCAGCGAGUGCCCAGCGCAGCCGGCGCAGGCGCAGGCGCAGGCGCAGGACCAAGUCUUGGACGCUUGUACGCAUGCGGGCCGCCGAGCUUCCGCCACGCCUGUCAUGGCCUCUCUCCGGGCCGCUCUCGGCCCCACCCUCGCUGAUGCGCCGUGAGUCACCUGACUCGGCUGCGGGUUGAGGAGACACACAAGGGAAGUGAUCGUCGCGGGAACCAGAUCGUCUGACCCAGGACCCCCGCGCGCCAUGCCGUCCGAGAAGACCUUCAAACAGCGCCGGAGCUUCGAACAAAGAGUGGAAGAUGUCCGGCUCAUCCGGGAGCAGCACCCCACCAAGAUCCCAGUGAUUAUAGAGCGAUACAAGGGUGAGAAGCAGCUGCCCGUCCUGGACAAGACCAAGUUCCUUGUACCUGAUCACGUGAAUAUGAGCGAACUCAUCAAGAUAAUUAGAAGGCGCCUGCAGCUCAAUGCUAACCAAGCCUUCUUCCUCCUGGUGAAUGGGCACAGCAUGGUGAGUGUGUCCACACCCAUCUCUGAAGUGUACGAGAGCGAGAGAGAUGAAGACGGCUUCCUGUACAUGGUCUAUGCCUCCCAGGAGACGUUCGGGACAGCACUGGCUGUUACAUACAUGUCAGCUCUGAAGGCAACAGCAACAGGAAGAGAGCCAUGCUUGUGACAGACAUACAGCCACUUCCAACUAAAGCAAGCCUCUGCUUCCUGCUACCUGCAUGGAGCCCACUGUGACACUCAGACCAUCCCCGGUCACUCACUCGUGUCUGAGAAUCUCAGUGAGAGCUGCCUCUGUCACGGACGGAAGCCAACACAGCCACCUCUCGACCUGGCUCCCCACAGCACCCACCCUCCCUGCAUGCAGCUGUCCCUGCUAACCCCCAAUGUUAUGUUACACUGUGUAAAUCCCCACUGCUGCCGUGUGUGGGUUGUGUACGUCGUCAUGUCCCUGGUUUAUAACUAUGGUGCGGUCGGGAAGGAUUCCUGUAAUGCUGCUCUAAGAUGCUGCUCAGGCAGCCAUUGUAGGACACCUGUACUCUGAUGCACUAAGUCAAUAAAGGCACAACUGGACCUGU